CUCUUAGCACCAACCACUACUAUGGGCGGCCGCUCGCCUUCGCCACGCCGAAGGUACGAUGAUCGAGACAAUGGAAGGUAUCGCGACGAUGAGAGAGACUUAUCUCGUGGUCUAGACGACCAGCGCAGACGUAGUCGUAGUCGCGAAAGACGGAAACGCGAAAGAAGUCGAAGCAGAGAGGGCGACCGACGGGACAAAAAGCGGAAACGCGACAAGUCUGAAGAGAGAAAGGCCCGCAAAGCUGAGAAGAAACGCGCCAAAGAAGAAGAGGAGGCUCGCCAAGUUGCAGAACUCAGUGUGUAUAGCGCGACGGAUAACCCGUUCCACGAUGCGAAUUUGGGACAACAAUUUCGCUGGCACAAGAAGAACGAAAAGGAAAGAAAACAGGGUAUAUCAUUGGCGGAUGCUCAGAGGAAGGACGCCAUUCGGAGAGCGGAAGCCAAGGAGGAGCUGGAUAGGUUGAACAAGCGUCGGGCGGAAAGAGAAGUUGAUCAACGUCUACGUGAGGAGGAGGAGCUUCGGAUGGCAAGGCUGCAAGAGUCAGCCCAAAUGUCCGAAUGGUUGGCCAAAGAAGGCGAUUUCCAACUUGAACAGGAGCGCCGCCGAGCUGCCAUUCGAAUCAAGGAAAAACGCGCGAAAGCGAUUGACUUUCUUGCGCUCAACCUCAAAUAUGUCAAUCCACCAGCCGAUGAAGACCAAGAGGAGGAGGAUGCCGGACUGGAAAUCGACCUUGACGAGCCCUACAAUAUCUUCGAUAAUUUGACCUCAGCCCAAGUUGAAGAACUACAUGAUGAUAUUCAACGCUAUCUUACUCUGGAGCAGUCGAAAACCAACUUGGACUUCUGGACGAAUAUGAUGGUUAUAUGCAAAGAUCGUCUGGAAAGGAUCCAACUAAGUCAACGAAUGGGCGUAGAAGCCGCUGCUGCGGUGGAGUCCGACAUUUCAGCGCUCUUAUCUACAAAGUCCUAUGAUCAACUUGUCGCUCUACAAAGACAGAUCCAGGACAAGCUCACAAGCGGAGAACCCGUGGAUGUUGAUUAUUGGGAGAAUUUGCUCAAGAAAUUGCUUGUGUGGAAGUCCAAGGCCAAAUUGAAAAGCGUGCAUGAAGUCGUCGUGCGUAAUCGUCUUGAACAACUACGCAGACGGCAACGUGACGAAGCAAUUCAAGCUCAAGAGGAGCUGUUAGCUGGCGUUGCUAAAUCAGCUUCGCAGCGUACAGAACCUGCAGUCCAGAUAACAGAGCAGCAACAAGAAGAGUUGACGCCUGAAGAACUGAUUGAAUACCAUCGCGCUAUGAGCCCGCCUCCACUUGAGUUUGGCAAGCUAACAUCCGAAGAGCGAAGCCUGGAUAUCUUGACGGCAAAAGAACACCUUCGAGCCUUGAUUGCCCAGCGACGAGCUGUUUCAGCCUCUCGAUUCGUUCCUAAACCGGUUCAGCAGGUUGUGGAACCGAUCUAUGAAGAGCCCUCGAGCAAUGCCGACCUUGCCUCUGAGGCGCUAUAUCGAGCCGAAGCCGAAAAAGACCUGGAUGAAGAAGAGGAGCUUUUCAAUAUGGAAGAGAACAUCACAAAUCCGACAUCGUACAACUGGGAAGACAAAUAUCGGCCCAGAAAGCCCCGCUAUUUCAACAGGGUCCACACUGGCUACGAAUGGAACAAAUAUAACCAGACCCAUUACGACACCGACAACCCUCCUCCCAAGGUUGUCCAAGGAUAUAAAUUCAACAUAUUCUACCCGGAUCUCAUCGAUAAAUCGAAAGCGCCAACCUAUAAAAUCGUCAAGGAAGACGGCAAUGAGGACACUGUGCUACUUUAUUUCAGCGCAGGCCCGCCAUAUGAGGACAUCGCUUUCAGAAUCGUGAACCGCGAAUGGGAGUUUUCCCAUAAGAGAGGAUUCAGGAGCAGCUUUGACCGAGGCUGUCUUUCGCUCUGGUUCAGUUUUAGACGCAAUUUCUAUCGCAAGUAG